AUGAACGGAUCCACGGGAAGCCAGCCGGCGGCUAGCAAUGGCUCUGCGAGCUCUGUCAAGGUAACAAAAAAUGGGGAAUAAACUACAAACAUCUUAGCGGUUUAUGAAGCGAAAUAUGCUCUUUUUUCAGAACAAGGAAGCUCCGCAAGCGACGACAGCGAUCUUUCGAGUGCAGGGCAACACUGCUCCCAUUGCUUCUGCGACACUUACUCAUGUUCGUAUUUUGUGUGAUUUCAGGAUAGAAUGGUCUGAAAAUGCCCACGCUGUUCUUGAAAUGAUCAUGGGCAUUGAGACUUUCAAAAUAAAGCGUGAAUGUUUUGUUUGUUUGUGGAGAGUGCACGUUGAAACACUUUUGGCGUCUAAAAACAACUGAAAAUACGAAAAUCUUUGCAGCAAUCGACGCCGCUGGUGAACGCGGAGCACAACGCGAAUCGAAAGAGCAUCUCGAAGCCGAAAGACGACAUAAUGAUCGAGACGCUGUCGGCGGAGCAGGCGGCCACGCACGAAGUCGUUCCGUGCAGUCAUCAACUUCGCACGAACGUCGAAGAAGGACUUACGACGGCGGAAGCGGCGCGACGACGGCAAUAUCACGGAUACAACGAGUUCGACGUCGGCGAGGAGGAGCCCAUCUACAAAAAGUACCUCGAACAGUUUCAAAACCCGCUCAUCCUCCUCCUCCUCGCCUCCGCGAUCGUCUCGAUUCUCAUGAAGCAGUACGACGACGCGAUCUCGAUCACGGUCGCCGUCGUGAUUGUAGUGACGGUCGGAUUCGUGCAAGAGUACAGAUCCGAGAAGACACUGGAGCAGUUGACGAAGCUCGUUCCGCCCACGUGCCACGUGCUGAGGGACGGCAAGGAGGCGAUGAUGCUCGCGAGAGAGCUCGUGCCGGGAGACGUCGUCCUGCUGAACACCGGCGAUCGGAUACCGUCGGAUUUGAGAAUCGCCGAGAGCUUCUCGCUGCAAAUCGAUGAGAGCUCACUGACCGGAGAGACCGAGCCGAAGCACAAGGUACGGAGAAGUUUAGGAAUUCCGAAACCAUUCAAUUUGUAAUUUCAGGAAACGAAAGCAGUUCCCGUGGUCGGAAAAGGAACAGACGUGGAGCACCUGACGUGCAUCGCCUUCAUGGGAACCCUUGUCUGCUCGGGAAGAGGCCGCGGAAUCGUCAUCUCAACGGCGGCCAACUCGCAAUUCGGAGAAGUCGUCAAAAUGAUGAUGGGCGAGGAAUCGCCGAAAACCCCAUUGCAAAAGAGCAUGGACGAACUCGGCAAACAGCUCUCAUUCUACUCGUUCGGAGUGAUCGCCGUCAUCUUUCUGAUCGGUCUUUUCCAGGGCAGAAACAUCGUCGACAUGUUCACAAUCGGAGUCUCUCUGGCCGUCGCCGCCAUUCCCGAAGGUCUUCCGAUCGUGGUGGCCGUCACUUUGGCGAUCGGAGUGAUGCGAAUGGCGAAGAGACGGGCGGUGGUGAAAAAGAUGCCGGCGGUCGAGACACUCGGAUGCGUCACUGUCAUCUGCUCGGAUAAGACUGGCACUCUGACGAAGAACGAGAUGACGGCGCAGGUAGUGGCCACUCCAGAGGGCAAACUGGCCGACGUGACGGGGCUCGGAUACUCGGUGGACGGCGGAGUCGUCACCUGGAACGGAGAGAUCAUCCAACAGUUUAGCCAUCCCGAGUUUGCCAGAAUCAUCGAAGCUGGCCUUGUCUGUAACAACGCCACAAUUGAAGCAGACAAACUUCUGGGACAGCCGACCGAAGGAGCGAUUGUGGUGCUGGCGAAGAAGGCGAGACUCGAAGACGUGCGCAAUCAGUACAAGCGCCUCCGAGAAAUGCCGUUCUCGUCGGACACCAAAUGGAUGGGCGUCCAAUGCGCGGACAACUCGAACGGACAGACCGUCUACUUCAUCAAGGGAGCCCUGGACAGAGUGCUCGAGCAGUGCGGAUCCUACUACUCUUCGGAUAAUCAACGGAAACCUUGCGAUCAGUACAGUCGCCAGAUGGUCUUAGAGAUUGGAAAGGAUCUGGGAAGCCGAGGGCUUCGUGUGCUCGGAGUGGCUCGCGGGGAGAGUAUGCAGUCGUUGAUGUUCCUCGGAAUGGUCGGAAUGAUGGAUCCGCCGAGGCCCGGCGCUUCCGAUGCGAUCAGUAUUGUGAAGGCGAGCGGAGUGGACGUGAAGCUCAUCACUGGAGAUGCCAUGGAGACUGCACAGAGUAUAGGUGAGUGGGCGGACACCCCUAAUAGUGAGACAAACUUUCAAUCUCCCAGGACACACAUUGGGAAUCCUCUCAAGCACGGAUUCGUGCCUCUCCGGCCAACAAGUGGAUCAGAUGUCGGACCACGACCUGGAGCUGGUGAUCCGUCAAGUGACAGUCUUCUACCGAGCAUCCCCUCGCCAUAAACUCAAAAUUGUGAAGGCUCUCCAAUCGCUGGGAGAAGUUGUGGCGAUGACCGGAGACGGAGUGAACGACGCGGUCGCACUGAAAAAGGCGGACAUUGGAGUGGCGAUGGGUCUGUGCGGAACGGAUGUUUGUAAAGAAGCGGCCGAUAUGAUACUCUGCGACGACGACUUUUCGACGAUGACCGCCGCGAUCGAGGAGGGAAAAGCCAUCUAUCACAACAUUACCAACUUUGUCAGGUUCCAGCUAUCAACGUAAGUUUGCAAAACGUCUAGAAAAACCUUCCAAAGUUUAAAUUUCAGAAGCGUCGCCGCCCUUUCACUGAUCGCCGCAUCCACAAUGUUCCAGUUCGAGAACCCGUUGAAUGCGAUGCAAAUUCUGUGGAUCAAUAUUAUCAUGGACGGACCGCCGGCACAAUCUCUCGGCGUGGAACCAGUCGACGAUGAUAUCAUCCGGCAGCGGCCGAGGAAUACGAAACAGCCGAUGCUCACCGGAAAACUCAUCGGAGACAUUCUCGCCUCGGCAGCUAUCAUUGUCGUCGGCACGUUGAGCGUGUUUUAUAAAGAGGUACGGGCCACUAAUAUGGUUCAAUUCUUAGGGUCUCCGUUUCAUUCUAGAUGUCAGCGGACAACAAAGUGACGCCGCGCGACACGACAAUGACGUUCACGUGCUUCGUGCUCUUCGACAUGUGGAAUGCGCUCUCGUGCCGAUCGUCGCGCAAAAUGAUCUGGCAAAUCGGGAUCCGUCGCAACCGGAUGUUCUGUUUGGCGGUCUCCGCGUCGCUCAUCUGCCAACUGCUCGUCAUCUACUGGUCGCCGCUUCAACACAUUUUCCAGACCGAGGCUCUUUCGCUCUUUGGUAAGAAAUGUGUACAAAGAGCAAUUAGAAUAUACGGGUUCAUAGGUUCGGGUUGUUUGAGAAACGCCAAAACAUUUUGAAAUUUCCGAACCAGCGGCAACCAUAAGACCCCCCUGUGGAAAAGGCUAAAAAACUUGGCGCAACCUGACACAACCUGACUAUUACGGUCGCGGUAAAGUCGGAAAUGUCCAGAUUGCUGCCCCUUAAGGACAUUCCAGUAAUCUGUUCAUUAGUGGACUGUAGUGCAUGUAACAAGUAUCCUAGUGGGUUCAAAUAAAUGGAAACUGAUCGAAUAUGACCCAUAGAAGUAAUUCAGACAGUCAGAACAACUUGACUGCCAAAUUUUGUUUUCCGAACUAGGCCCCUCCCACUCGCCGGUCCCGAACUGCCGGUGCGCAAUACAAAACACCUAUGUACCGGGUUCCUUUGCAGAUCUCAUCUUCCUGACGACCAUCACUUCAUCCGUUUUCAUUUUCAACGAGACUCGCAAAUACUUCACUCUCCGCUCCAAAUCGCUCAACCACGAUCCGCGCUCCGUCAGCGGCAUCUGA